AUGAUUCCGAACACCAACUUUUUCUUCGGGUCUAGUAAUGUUAAUCCCAACAACGUGAAUGAUAUGGUGAAUCAGCAUCAUCAGCAAAAUACAACCACGACGACUACAUCCACAAAUCCAGAAUAUGAAGUUAGAAAUUUCAGUUCACCACAUAUUGGCUCCCAACAACAACAGCUACAGCGACCACCACCAACAAUGCCGAUGAGCUUAUCGUUAGGACAAUACCAACAAGGCUUUCAUCAGCAAGCUCCUUCAUCAUCUUUCAUUCGGAUCAACCCGAACACAACAACCACAACCAUCAUCAGCAACAAUACUAAUUUUAAUAACAAUGCAUCCACACAAUAUUCAGUUACAAAUUUAUUUUCCGUGCCGUCAUCAAGCAUUUCACAACAACAGCAAUUUUCACAACCUCACUUUUUAACAAACUCCCAAACCCCACAAAAUCAUCCUUCCAUGACGACAAUCAUGACUCAACCACAAAUGAAUGAAAUUAUCAACCUACCAAUUAAUAGCCAUCCACACAGCACUCUUUCUCCGCAAAUACGACAACCUAUUCUUCCACCACCUCCUUCUUUGAAUAUCCAGCAACAAUAUCAACAUCCAUCCGUCAAUGCCACAGGUCAAACAUCCAUUCUCGACUCGAGUUCUACAGUUCGCGCAAGCGACCUCCUUGUAGCAUCAAAAAUUGACCAAUUCUGUUCUCCUUUUUCAUCUAUUUCACCUCAAUCGCUCAACGCAACUAGUUCAUCAAUAAGUUCAACAUCUUCCUCUUCUAGUGGCUCUUCAUCGUCGUGGCCUUCUACUCUCCAAGACCCCAACUUUACAAAAAAUGUUCUAAAUGUCACACAAGGUAAACAUGAAACAUCAUGUUUAUUAUGCAAAAUUCGACACAGAAAAUGUGAUUACUGUUAUCCAUUUUGCACCCAUUGCUCCAAAGAGGGUCGAACAUUUUGCUUGUAUCUUCAAGGAAAAAAAACAUCAAAACAGCAAGAAGAACAAGACCUGAAAAAUGAUAUGUUUGUCGUAACAGGAGAUGAGGAAGAUAAUAUUUCUAAAAACAUAACAAGAGAAAAUAUGGACACAAUUUACAAAAAUGUGCACAAUAACAUUUCUGGCAUCAAAUGCGGACCUGAAAUUACUAGCAAGUUAUCUUAUUCGUUAGCCAUGAAACUCAUGGGGAAAAUUCUUCCAGUGGCGGAACGAGAUCUUCUUUCUCAAUUACUGAAAGUUUCUCUUGCACCUCAAAACGAAAAAUUUGUUGGAAAUUUAGAAUAUUUCUACAAAUAUUUUAAUACACUCGAAGAUACAGAUCGUGCCAUGAUGUAUAUUCUUCAAUGUCUAUGUUUACAAAGAAUUGGAGAGAAAAAAUUAGGAAGAGAGCAAUUUGAAAAAGCUAGAUCCAAAAUGUCAACUAUAUUUGAUCAUGUGUCAAAUUUCAAAUUAGUGUCAGUUUAUGCAUUGGUGGUGGCCUAUCUUGUAGGCGAAGGAGAAAAACAAAAAGCGGAAUAUUAUUUAAAUCAUGUGAAAUUUUAUGUAAAAGAAUUUCAGCCGACAUCUGAGAACGCUCAUUAUUUAUUGAGAACCGCUCUCUUUUCAGAGUCUUUUCUGCAAAGCAAUAACUAUGAUCAAUUGCUUACUCAUUUCGAGAAUAUUCUAGUCUUUUUUACUCCCAAAGAGGCAGCAUCAUAUAGUCUAUCGGAAGAUGCAGCAGAGACUGUUUCCAAAUACGUCGCUAGUUCAAAUGAGCAAAUUUUCUCCGCAAAAGAGCCCAAAACACCAAAUCCAGAAAAAGCACAACUAAAGAAACAACUGGCAGAGUUGAAACAUUUUGUGGACAAGAAUAAGCAAGAGUAUCCAAUUGGAUUCCACCAAUUAUUUGAUUCUCUGUCAACGAGUUCUGAAGGCAGUGAGCAUGACGAUGAAUUUAAUGACAGUCAGCAAGAAGAGCCAAAUGAAAACGUGGAAAAGAAAAUCAAACAAAUUAAUAUAGCAAUAGAAAAUAUCAAAGCAAUUUUUGGAACAACAGAUUACAUUGGGAACAUGUUCAUGACAUUUCUUUAUUCAAUUGUGAUUUUGAGGAAGCAUAGAUCAUUUAAGGGUGAAAUAUCACUUGAGGCCAUCAAAUAUGCAGAUUUAAUCUCAAAAACAACGCAAUAUGACGAUUUUAUUUAUUCCUCAUUUCCAUGCUCUGUACCAAUUUCACUUGCUUGCAAGGUACAUUUGCAAUCACUGAAGAAUAUCUUAAACAACUCGACUUCACUCAUUAUUGCCGAGUAUGCAGAAAAAUUGAUCACCUAUCUUAACAUGGAUUAUAAUGCACUGAAAAUGCUGGCCAAUCGAUUUCAGCUGGUAGAUCAAAAGUACAACAAGCUGCUGCUGGAAACAUUAGCCACGCUGGAAAAUUUUCAACAAAUGAAGGAGAACGACCCGACACGAUUUAUCUCAUUGCAGCACCUUUCACAAUACAUGAACGUUUUCUAA